UUGAUGGAGAGGAGAGCGGUUGGGAGACGUGGUGGAGAUGUAGCAAACAACGGAAACAACUAUUUUACCGCUCCCUGUUUCCCCCGAACGUGUAUUUUAAUAUUUUCAACUUUGUUUACUUUUCUUUUGUUGUUUCACGGCGGUUUCGCCGCUUUACGGUCCGAGUCGUGUAUCCUUGGUAACGCGAACAACUGUCCUGCGAAGUUUGGAUCAAGUGUUUCUUCGGACGGAGCACAAACUGGAUAUUUACCCGCUAAACCAACGUAACUAAGUCCGCGGUGCAUAUGAGCGUUUGAUGAACUAUUUCGAACAGUUUUUAUUCAUAUUUAAGUUGUUUUUUUAUUUUAAACCCAUUGUUUAGGGAAGCGGGACAGCGCGAGACAAUAGUGGUGUGAGAGAGGGGAAAGCUCGUGCAGGGGGGAAUCGAUGCCUCGCGGGGGCUUUGUUCUGUCCUGCAUUGAGACCUACCGCGAGCCUGCUGCGGAUAUCGACUGAUUGACCGGUGGCUUAAUGAUUGUUUGGUGACUGAUACGCGGACUCGGGAGCCCUUUGUAGCCGCCAUGGAUGUGACUUUGUCCGAGUUGCUGGCCACUUUCAUGGAGUCACCGCUGGUGGUGUGGGUACAGACGUUGGGUCCUUUGGGUUCCUGUGAAGAUGUAGGCUCAGAUGAGCGGGUCAACAUGUUCAUGGAGCUGGUGGACGGCGUCUUCCUGCAUAAGAUCAUGACACACAUUGACCCCAGCCCAACCAAUCAGAGGCUGAACAAGAAUGUGAACAAUGAUGUGUCGCUUCGCCUCCACAACCUGACCGUUCUCACCAGACACAUCAGGACAUACUACCAGGAGACCUUACGGCAGUUAAUAGUCAUGCCCCUUCCUAACAUCCUCUGCAUCGCCAAGGAUCCCAUAUCAGCUAAGAGCAUGGAUGAGCUACAAAAUCUUUUGUUGCUGAUACUAGGCUGUGCUGUCCAGUGUGAGCGUAAGGAGGAGAUGAUAGAGAAGAUCAAGCUGCUGGACAUUGAGACCCAAGCUGCCAUCGUCUCUCACAUCCAAGAGGUGACUCAUAACCAGCUAAAUGUUCUUGACCUGUCCUGGCUGGAGGAAGGAUCAGAGCUUGCACAUGAAGAGCUGGAACCUCUGUCCCGCAACAUGGCUGCGUCACUACGGCAACUGAUUGAGCAGAGAGACAAAGCCAGUGAGAUGAUUGUGGAUCUGACCCAGGAGAAGGACUACCUGUUCUGUCAGCAGCCCCAGGAAGGGUGCAGGAACCUGGGGAUGGGCAGUCCUGGAGGUGUGGGACUGAAUAACGGUGAAUCGGCUAUGACUGUGUCUGGGCUGACCAAAGAGGAGAAGCAGCAUCUGUCUGUGGAGCUUGCUGAUACCAAGGCCAAGCUCCGCAGAUACCGACAAGAACUGGAGGAGAAAACAGAGCAGCUGAUGGAUUCAAAACAUGAAGUGGAGCGUCAGGAUCAGGAGUUACAGAGACUGAAACAAGAGAACCAGCUUCUGUCUUGUGAGGCCCGUUCGGUCAGAGUUUACCGGGAUGAGGUAGACUCACUGAGGGAAAGAGGGGCCCGGGUCGACCGUCUGGAGACUGAACUGACCAGAUGUAAAGAGAAACUCAAUGAUGUUCAUUUCUACAAGACCAGAAUGGAGGAGCUCCGCGAGGACAACCUGACUCUGAUGGAGACAAAGGUGCUGUUGGAGGAGCAGCUGUCAGCCUCGAGGGCGCGCUGUGAUAAACUGCACACAUUGGAGAAAGACAAUUUGUUACUACGAGCCAAAAUACACGACCUGGAAAUGGAGAGGGACAAUGAACGUCGGAGAUUGGAGGAGCUGGUGGAGGAGAACAUGCUGCUGGAGAUUGGACAGAAACAGAGUAUGAACGAGUCAGCUCAUCUAGGCUGGGAGCUGGAACAGCUGGCCAAAAACCAGGACAGCACUGACACAGAGACUCGUAAGUCGUUGGUCCAUGAACUAAACGAGUGCGUCUCCAGUCGGGUGUUGAAGCUGGAGAAGGAGAACCGGGAGCUUCAGGCCUCUAUAGAGAGGCUGAAAGAGGAGAACCACGUCCUGCAGCAGCAGCAGCUCCACACCCAGGAGCUGGACAGGGAGAACCAAAGCCUCAGCACGAAGUUGGAGCGUCUCCAAGGUUUAUUGGACCAGGAGAGACUGACCAAUCAGGACAUGGAGUCUCUGGGAGAGGAAAUAUUAAAAGAAAAACAGAGUUUGCAGAGAGAAAUGCACGCUGUGAGGGCAGAGAAAGACAGACAGAUCUCAGAGUUGGAGAAUGAGAAGCAGCACCUCUCUGAUGUGGUGGCGUCCUUCCAGGAGCGUGCUCAGUCUAAUAGCGAGUCGAGGGUCCGCGAGGUGGAAGCGGAGAACCGCCUACUGCACCAGAACAUCACUGACACCAGUUCCCGAUUGGCCAGCUUAGAAAGCCAACUCAAACUAGCCAAUGAGGAGGCAGAGAGGCUGAGGGAGAGGGCGGGACGGUGUGAAGAGGUGGAGAGAGAGGCGGCAAGGCUGGAGAGGAGCAGGGACGCUCUGAACAGAGAGGUGGUCUCUCUGCGUGCGUGCAGUGAGCGGUCAGAAGCUUUAGAGAAGCAGAUGUCCUCCUUGGAGCAGGAGGUGCACAGGCUAAAACGGGAGGCAGAGGAGGCCCAGCGGGAGCUGCAGCGAUUGGGGAGGCACGAGGCUGAGAGCAGUCUGCUGUCGAAGGAGAACCUGGACCUGCGCUGCUCCCUGGAAAACCUGCGCUCCUCAUCCGCCCGCCUGGCCUCCCUACAGGAGGAGCAUAAGGAGACGCAGAGAGAGGCACAGGAGCUGCAGAGGAGGUUGGAGGAGGCCAGAGAGGAAGCACAAGGAGAGAGGAAGAGGGUAGAGAGGCUUGAGCUAAACGUGGCAGCUGUGAACCAGGAGAAACAUCGCUUAGAAGAGGAAUUACAUAAGAGCAAAGAGGAGAGGGAAGAGGCAGACAAAGAGAGGCGGCAGCUGGAGGCCAGAGCAGAGGACCUGAGAAGGGAAGUAGAAGAACUAAAAGAAGAGCGAAGAAGGAAGGAGGAAAUUGAUGAGGAGAGGAGGAAGCUCCAAGUGGACUUGGACCAGUCAGAGAAGAGCAGGAAGCACCUGGAGAAGGAGAGCUGGAGGAUGAGAACACUGCUGGAGAGUAAAGAGGCAGAGCUGGAGGAGAAAGCCAGGCGAUUGGCUACAGUGGAGAAAGAACACGCUGCUGUGAGUAAGGAAGUGGAUAGGCUGAAAGAGGUGGCAGUCAAAGCCAAGGAGGUAGAGAGGGAGAACAAGGAUCUGCAGAAACGGGCGACUAUUGACAAGCGGACUCUGGCUACUCUGAGAGAGGAGUUGGUGUCAGAGAAGCUGAGUGUUCAGCAACAGAGUGUUGAGUUGGAGAGAGUCAACGAAGAACUGGAGAAGAUUGGACUGAACAGAGAAAAACUACUGCAGCAGGAGCACACACUGGAUGACAGCAGGUACAGGCUGCUGGAGUCCCGGCUGGAGGAAACUGUCCAACAGACAAUCAAGAUGAAAGAGGAGAAAAUCUCUUGUCUGGAAAAGAAAUUAGAGGAGAGCAGCAACCUCAAUGCUACGCUACGUGCCGAGCUAGCCACUGCUCUGCGUCAGCAACAGCUGGAGGAAGAAAACCACUACUCCCAGCAGCAAUUUGGGAGCGACCGAGGUCAAAGGUCAGCCACUGCUGAGCUGCUACGGAUCAAAGAUCAUCUCAUUGAUGUAGAAAAGAAUAAUUCCUCCCUGCAGACAGAGAGCAGUCUAUUGAAGGAGCAGCUCAAACAGCUGGAGAACCAGAACACAUCUAUUAACUACCAGAUGGUGACGCUGCAGCGACACACCACCACCCUGCAGGAACAGAAUUCAGCCUUACAUACACAGACAGCAAAACUACAGGUGGAGAACUCCACGCUCUCCUCCCAGAGUGCAUCUCUCAUGGCCCAGAAUGCUGUGCUGCAGGGCCAAGUCACCGCCUUAGAGGCUGAAGUAGAGUCAUGGCAGCGACAGCGUGAGGAGGCGUGGCGAGGCAGAGAAAGCGUGCUAAGCGACCACGAGCGCCUACUCAGUGUUCAUGAGAGGCAAGCACAAGAGUAUGAGCAGCUGAUCAGUCAGCACACUGCAGUGAAAGCCAAACAGAGGGCGCUAGAGAGUGAACACAGGGCGCUGCACAGCAAGUACUGUAUUUUGCAGCAGCAGAAGGAGAAAUGGGAGGAGCAGGAGGGGCGGGGUCAGAAAGAGAAGGAGGAACUAAACCAGGAGAUCCAGAGGAAUCGCCUUCUACAGCAAGAGAAUCUGCAACUAAAGACAGAAGUGGACAGAUUGACAGAGAACCACUCACAGCGGUCAGAGCAAUGUGAGGUGCUCCAGCAGCGCAUAAAUGAACUCAAGAGCUCAUUAAGCUCCGCCCAGUUGGAAGUGAGUCGAUGGAUGACACAAUAUGAUUCGCUAACGGAGCAACACCAGGGCCUGGAUCUAACCAUGACCAAACUAGACAACCACUGUGAGCUGCUGAGUCGACUGAAAGGGAAUCUGGAAGAGGAGAACCACCACCUCCUGAGUCAGAUCAACCUGCUGAGCCAGCAGAACCACACUCUGCUGGAGAGGAGCAUGGAGAGCAAAGAGCUGUAUCACCAGGAACAGAAACUAUACAUUGAUAAGCUGAACACUCUUCGUCGUCAGAAAGAGAAACUAGAGGAGAAGAUCAUGGACCAGUAUAAGUUCUAUGACCCAACACCAAAAAAGAGGAGUCAGUGGUCUGGAGCCAAAGCUUUAGCCAAAUUGAUUAAACCUCGAAAGGAGAGCAGCAGGGAGAGAGGUGGCGACCAAGACAAGGAAGGAGGCAAAGAGAGGGAACGCGCAAAGGGUGUCCCAGACAUCCCGCUACCUUCCCCGCCUCCCCUUCUCCCCCCUGAGACCCCACCCCCACUUCCCCAGCGGACGACAAGUGACACGCAAGACAGCGCCCACGCGCACAGUAACCAUAGCAACCACACCACCAGCCCCAGUCUGGGACCCCAGAGUCUAACACUCACACCCAUCGGCCGAGGUUUGAAUAACAGGGGUCAUGGUGUUUAUCGUAGCAGUACUCCAGGAGGCAGCAGUGAGAGUGUCAAUGGAGAAGAUGGACAUGGACAAGGUCAGACCCAUAAAUCUCUGAGCUCCAGUGUGAGCCAUCAGUCAUCCUCAUUGGGCCUAAUAAACAAUUCCAGCUCCAGACCGGUACAUGGCUCCAGCCGCAGGCCCAGAGGUCUGUUAUAUGAUGAAGACUCUCGCUACAACACGUCCGACUCCGUGUUUGGUCACCAUGACAACACCGGAGGUCGCCCAGGAUCGGCAGACUUCAGCUACAACACCUCCAGCUCCAACUCACCUGUCAACUGCAGAGACACAUCAGAUUGUCAGAUUCGUUCAACCAGCCUCUCUAGUGAUGAUGUCAUGGGCCUCAGCCAACCACAGCAGACUCUGUCACGUAGUUCCACUCUUCCAUACGACCACACACCCCAGAGGGCUCAGCCACAGUAUGGAGGCGGGAUUAGGACUAAGACCCGCCCAUCUUCUCCUGGAAGUGAGAUGGUGACGCUGGAACAGUUUCUACAUGAGAGCAACCUGCAGUCACCUCCUAUGGUAUCCACAGGAAGCAAGGAGGACUUGAUGACUGACUAUUUCACCAGAAGUCCCGCCCCCUCUGCACCAGCUGCCAGAGAUCAGGUGACUCCCACCAGCUAUGUCAUGCCCACUGUGCAGUCAUCCAACCAGAGGCCAGGCCAGAACGCCAAGCCCUCCCCUCGCCAGCCUGUAGGCCAAUCCCCAGCCUCAGGCCACCAUGUCGCCCAGCGAACCAGCCAAUCACUGAGCAGGGCUUUCAGUCUGGCCUCAGCUGAUUUGCUGCGCUCCAACGGGCCAGACAGUUUCCGUGGAAAUGAAGGCCAAUCAGAUGUGGUUGUUCGUAGACAAGGGGGAGGGGCUAAUGGGAGAGAAAGGCCCCUCUCUGCUCGUCUGGCUGGUCCGACCAACCAGCGUGGAGAUGGCAGCUUCCUAAACCCGCCUGUUCAUCAUUCGUCCUCUCUCAAUCUGCAAACGGACAGACAGGCAGAGCGAGAGGGUGGGAGGACUCCCGUCACUCGGAAUGGCCCAUCCUUAUCCUCCACCUACCACCACCGUGGAGAGGUCGCCAUGGUAAGCCCCGUCAGAGCGGUGCCCACCACCCGACCUGAUGAAGCCUCUGAGCAUGGGGAGGUGUUAAGGGAGGGGCGGUCAGGUGACUCGUCACACUUAAAGACAGAAGGUGAGAGAACGAGAUGUGGCUCUGUGGAACGCCCGAAAAGCACACCGGCUUCCCCUGACCCCAACAACGACCCCCAGACUGUGUGGUAUGAGUACGGCUGUGUCUAAACAGCGCAACUAAUGGACGUAUAUGGGUGUGGCUAUGUCUAAAGAUGGGAACAGAAUACUUUUACUACAGUCUGCUGGGACUGAGUACUGGAGCUUUAUGGGCUUAAUGAGUCCAACCCCUCAGAGACAGUUAAUUAGUCUCUGUGCUGUGCUCUUUGUAUUGUGGAUAAAUAACUCGUUCAAGUACAAUAUCAACUGGAAAUCUGGCUUAAUCCUGGAACGCAAAGCCACAUUUAAAAUCAUCUGCAAAGUUGUGAAUUCAGUUUGUAUUUUCUGCAACAAACGUUUGUAGGUGAACAACCAAACCUGAUUCUAUACGCCACCUGCCAAUACAGCUGAUGGUAACGUUCUAUCAGGAAGUUUUGUAAAGCUAAGGAGCUCCAGUCUUGAGAAAAGAAGAUCUCGCGCACUGCUCUUGUUCCAGCUGAGGAGCUGCCAGGUCUCAGCUCCACACAAUCCUAAUCCUACUGGAGCGGUGGAGUUGGUUUCCUCUCACCAUUUUUCAUCAUAAGCUGAAUCUCUGUGAGACGCCUCACUGACGAUCUCCUUAAGGAUUUAGACUUGAACACUAUAGAUGAUCUCUUAGAAUACUGGAAUUCAUUGACUCUGCCGUUUUAUUAUCACAAGGGUUACUAUAAUCCAGCAAGCAGCCUGCGUCCACAACAUGGACUCAGGCUUCACCAAAGUGGUUUUGUUAUGGGGGCAUUUAACGGCUGAAUUGUGGACGUUUUGACUAGAUGGUGAUCCAGAUGUGAAAGAGUGCUAUUUUUAACACAUACAGUUCAUAACUGGAAAUGGAAGCUGAAGUCUGGGAAUCCAUAACACUUAAAUCCUGCAGGAACAGAGGACAAGUGCUACAUGCGUAGUUGGAGAUGAGAAUACUAAGGACUGGCUUAGUCUACGAGCUGGAACUCUUUGACUGCCCUGCUAAUGUUUACCUGGAUGCCACCAGCUCUCCACAACGGAGACUAGCCAUCACCGAGAGAAAUGAUUGAACUAAAGUGAAGGUCCCAGAAGCACCAGAGCGACUGAAUGUAUCAGAUUUCUCCUCCUUUUUGUCCUCCUCCUCUCCUCUGUUAUCUAAAACAAAGAGUGGGAAAGAUGAGAAGGCCGGGAAGGCAAUGGAGGGAUUCAAGCUAAGAGUUGAAGCAAGUGAAGGAGAAAGGGGUAGAGAGAGAGAAUAAAUGGAUGGAUGGAGGGAUGGACAGAUAUAGUGACGGGAGGAUGGAUAGAUAAACAGGACAGAGAUGGAAGGGCUCCUCCCAGUGAAAUUACAGUCUUUCUCCCUCCAUCUUUAGAUUCUGUCCCAGCAUGCAACACUCUGACACUUUACUGGAAAUGUUGCCUGGCCCGAGCCAACACUAGUUUCACGAACACACACACACACACACGUAUAUAUAAUGAUAUAUACAGACACAGAGGCAUUGUCGUUGUGGGGGUUGGUUGUGGCUUUGCUAACCAUUGAGCUGGACUUAAUUCACGCACACAUCCACACACACUCACACCACUGGGUAAACCACUGUGUUUUGGUAGGGAGUACUGCUGCAUGCUAAGUUAGCCAGACAUUUGUAAGCGUUGCACAACACACAGAGAGAGAGGAAUUCAGGCACAAUCCAGAUCCACUGUGAUCUGGAUCGUUAAGUGUUUGCAUGUAAUCAUUUAGCGCUUUGGCAAUAGUUUGAAGUUUAAUGAUAACUCAAAGUACCAAGUGCUGGUAGGUAAUUACUAUUUGGUAGAUGUAUAUGUAAUAAGGACAAAUGAAUGUUUCGGGUGACUCUCUUACUUUGGUGCACCACAUUUACAGUUCACUCUAGCAUAUGCUGGGUAACAUAGUCUAUUAACUUCCAGACAUCACCUCAUUAUGUAAAUACGAUGACAUUUUAAUGUUGAUCUUGUGUAUCUCACUUUCACAUAGAAGUCAUGCUAUGAUUAAUAUGGAAAAAACAAUUGUAUGACCAUAAUCAUCAAACAUUCCCGAAAAACUACUAUCAGUGCUUAAGUGUAGUAAAAUUACUUCACAUCAUGAUAACCUUGGAUUCUUAGUGAACAGUGGCCUGUAUACUGCAGCUUAGCUUUGACUCUAACAUCAAAUACACAUCAAACACCAGAAACAAAAGCAGGCUGCUUGUUAAAACUUUAAACCUUUUUGUGUUCUCACAAUGAUGAAGUUCAGAUUAUGAUCCGACACAUAUGUCUGUAAGACUUUCUGGCCUGCAAGAACUUUGUAGUAAGUUUAACCUGCUGGCUGUCAAAUAGGCAGAACACCAUCUCCACACUGCUACCAACAAAUACCGUGGCCAGACUGAAGCUCACCCGUGAGGAAAAAUGUAACAAUUUUAGGGCAGGGAGUUUCCUCUUUCUUUAGUGCCCAUAAACUAGCCACACACUAGUAGAUUUACCAGCUACUGUUAGCAUAACUAGACCAGACCAGAACAGAACUGCUAAAGCAGCCCGCAGCGUUGUGCUGUAUUCACACUGCCCUUUGAACUUCAACAAUCACAGAAAUGACAAAUAGAAAUUGUAAGUUGCUGUGUUGUUAAACCUGCACAUCACUCAGACAGGCAGAGUAAUAUUUUUGUAACCAGCACAGCUCACUGAAUUGAAUGCUGUCACAUUACGACUACACACAGAGGUAUUAAACACACUUGUUUAUUAAGAGCACUCUAGAAAUCACUCCAUUAUCAUCGUCUUUGCACAAUGAGAAUAAAUUCCAUUUAAUAAACCAUUGGUUGAAACUAAUACCAUUUAUUGCCAUAAAUCAAUCCUGCUCAUGAAUAUUCUACAUCGUCUACAAUAAAACCUGAGAUACUCAACUGAUUGCUAUCAUUGGUAGAUGACUGUUGGGGGAAUUUACAAACAUUCGGUGUUUUCUUUGAAGCAGUUUGAACAGAGAGAAGAGGAGGAUGAUGAGGGGCUUGAAAUGAAUGAAAAUGUCACUCGUAGACAGACGAUGAUAUUGAUUGGAAAAAAUGAAUCUCAUGAUAAUGAUGCCGAUCAACUGACUGUUUUGCCUGUACUGCUGUUUGUAAAUACAAACCUGUGCUUUCUGUAUGACCGACAGUAAAGCACUAGAGUGGUGGUGAGGAGGAAGAGGAGGAGGAAGAUGUAACACUGGAGUUUUAAAGGACGAUCACUAACCUUUCCGCUCAGCUUUUGAACACAAAGCACAUGUCAAUAUGCAAAGCUAAAUUAUUUUACCCGUCACGUUUGUACAUGACCUUAGAUUUUAUAAAGGGCUGAAAUAUUAGAAGAUUUGGGAUACUUUUUCUGUAUCUUAAAAAUGUUUGUUGAUACCAAAACAAAACAAACUCAGAUCAAUUGUCAACUGUUAAAGCUGUAUGAUUCCACUGUAAAACUUUAACAUUUGUAGAUUAUUUCAAUACUGCUUUAAAAACGAUCGUAGUGACAUCGUGUUCGCAGAUGAAGUGACAUGAUGUGAAACACUGUAGGCUGAUGCUGUCAGUAGUGCGCCAACCUGUCUGUUUAUCUGUUGUUGGGUUGGUGUGUGUGUGUGUUGCCUUUGUUGAUGUCUGCACUUAAAGCAUCUCUGCAUUAUUAAUUCCAAACUGCGUGUGUGUGUGUCUGUCAGUCAAUCAGUUUGAGUCUGCUGAUAUCAAAAGAAAAAAAUAUUGGAUUCCCAGAAACUAUCCCCCCCAAACCCCAUCACACACCUUUGUGCGUGUGUGUGUCUUAUAUUAUUACCAUGUUCUUGGCUUUCUGCUAAGUGUGUGUGUGUGUGUGUGUGUGUGUGUGAUGAAUCCAAAGGCCACCGAAUGGCUGCAGUGUCAUCUGAGAGAAGUGAAAGCAGAAGGUGAAGCGGGCCCGACGUCACUGACAUUUCCUGCUGUAAUUGGAAUAACUGCUACUGUGGUUCACUUUAUGACUUCACUUGCUGACUGCUCUGCUGUGAUGUGACUGCUGUUGAAAGGCUACUAGUGUGAUUCAGUAGAAACAGAGUUUGACGUUAUUACACCCAAAAGCUUUUUGCUAAUAAAGAUGCAUAAACGUG